CCGCCCACCCAUGUAGGCUCACUGGUCGGACAGAAACUCUCGGACCAUCCUGAUGUGAGGAAAAUUGGGUUCACGGGCUCCACGGAGGUGGGAAAACAAAUCAUGAAAAGCUGUGCCCUGAGUAAUGUGAAGAAGGUCUCCCUGGAGCUGGGCGGGAAGUCGCCCCUUGUCAUCUUUGCUGACUGUGACCUCAACAAGGCUGUGCAGAUGGGCAUGAGCUCCGUUUUCUUCAACAAAGGGGAGAACUGCAUUGCAGCAGGUCGGCUCUUCAUAGAGGACUCGAUUCAUGACCAGUUCGUGCAGAAAGUGGUAGAAGAGGUGGGGAAGAUGAAGAUCGGUAACCCUCUGGACAGGGACACCAACCACGGGCCCCAGAACCAUCACGCCCACCUGCAGAAGCUUGUGGAGUACUGCCGGCGUGGCGUGGAGGAAGGGGCCACGCUGGUCUGUGGUGGGCGUCAGGUCCCUCGGCCAGGUUUCUUCUUUGAACCAACUGUCUUCACGGACGUGGAGGACCACAUGUUCAUAGCCAAGGAGGAGUCCUUUGGGCCCAUCAUGAUCAUCUCUCGGUUUGCUGAUGGGGACGUGGACACCGUGCUGUCUCGGGCCAAUGCCACGGAAUUUGGCCUGGCCUCUGGCGUCUUCACCAGGGACAUCAGCAAGGCCCUGUAUGUCAGUGACAAACUCCAGGCAGGCACUGUGUUUGUCAACACAUACAACAAGACUGAUGUGGCCGCUCCCUUCGGAGGAUUCAAGCAGUCUGGAUUUGGCAAAGACCUGGGAGAGGCGGCCCUGAACGAGUACCUGCGGGUCAAGACGGUGACUUUUGAGUACUGAACAAAGGCCUCCGAGAGAGGAAAGACCCCAUCUGGCUGGUGCCUCCUCAUCCCACACAACCCUGACCUGCCUUCCCCAGCUGGGGCUGCCUCAGGUGGCCUGGUGGCCCCUCCCUCCCCAGUGCACCCCCUGUCUGCGCCUGGACACCCUCUGUCCAAUCAGAAGCUGCCCUUGGCUGAGUGAGGGGUGGCCCCAGGGCAAAUAAAUGCAGCCACCAAAAAAAAAAAAAAAAAAAA